GCCAGUGGGUGGGGAGACCUGAGCGGGAUGGGGGCAGCAGUAGCGUCUGAACCGCUGGUGGUGACUGGCUUCUGCACCUGCCCCGCGGCCCCCUAGGGCCCCUGGAUUCCUGGGGUACAAGUGUAGCAGCCUCAGGAACCAGAGCAGGGUGCCGCCUUCCAGUAGCGGCCGAGGCCCCUUUAAGCGCAGGCCCCGCCCCGGCCACCCCGCCGGGCCAGGCAGCCGCCGCCAUCAUGAUCUGCCUGGUGCUAACCAUCUUCGCCAACCUCUUCCCCGCGGGCUGCGCCGGCGUGCACGAGCGCACCUUCCUGGCGGUGAAGCCCGACGGCGUGCAGCGGCGGCUGGUGGGCGAGGUCGUGCGGCGCUUUGAGCGCAAGGGCUUCAAGCUGGUGGCGCUGAAGCUGGUGCAGGCCUCCGAGGAGCUGCUGCGCGAGCACUACGCAGAGCUGCGCGAGCGCCCCUUCUACGGCAGCCUGGUCAAGUACAUGAGUUCGGGGCCCGUGGUGGCCAUGGUGUGGCAGGGGCUGGACGUCGUGCGUGCCUCGCGGGUGCUCAUCGGGGCCACGGACCCGGCUGAUGCCCUGCCUGGUACCAUCCGCGGGGACUUCUGCGUCGAGGUCGGCAAGAACGUGAUCCACGGCAGCGACUCGGUGGAGAGCGCUCGCCGGGAGAUCGCGCUCUGGUUCCGCGCGGAGGAGCUCGUGUGCUGGGAGGACAGCGUCGGGCACUGGCUGCAUGAGUAGCCCUCUGGACAGAUGUGUGCAUCUGGAGGCAGCUCUGAUAACCACAUCCUUCGGGUCCCACCCAGACUUCAGGCCUUGGAACAUCCUUUCUGCGCCAGGGACCGUGGUAACCCUGCAGGACCUCCCUUAGGGUGGGCGGGUGCAGGCCCCACAAGCCCUGGCAGGUGCUGGGCCUUCCUGCCAAGAUGCCACCAUGCACAGCAGCCUUGGAACCGUCCCUCGGCAGACCCCCCACACUCAGCUUGGUCUAGCAUUUCUUUUUAUAAUAAACAGAAGAAAGUC